AUGUACUCAGAGAGUCUAAUCUUGAUUAAGAUCUUGGUGAUAGUUCUGUCAUUCAUGAAGCUUUUCUUCUUCUUAAGAAUUUACGAUGGAUUCAGUUUCUUGGUUUAAAUGAUGGGUGGUGUAUUUAAGGAUCUUAAGUACUUCAUCUCUUUCUUUCUCAUUUUUAUUCUGCAAUUUGGAAUGAUCUUCUUAGUCCUUUUUAAAGCAGAGUCCAUUGACGAGUAUAAUGGAGUUAACAAAAUGGCAUAUUUCUUAAUGGCCUUUAGAAUAUCAUCAGGAGACUUUCAAUUGGAUGAAUAUCAGAACUAAAACAGCACCUUAGUUAUAUUUACUUGGAUCAUCUGGCUGAUUGCAGUAAUGGCCUUGAAUAUUGUUUUCAUGAAUUUCAUAAUCGCUGUGAUUUCAGAAUCAUAUGAGAGAGUCAUGCAGAAGCUUGUAGCCGAGUCUUACAAAGUAAAAGCAAAUAUGAUCGUUGAAAGAGAACAGUUGUUUUCUGAUAAAGAUCUUAUUAAAGAAAAACUGUUCCCUAGAUUCAUCAUAGUAAGAAGACCAAUUAACAAUGAGUCUCAAGAUGGUGGAGAAUGGCAAGGCUUCAUCAAAGAUCUGAAAUAUACAAUUAGGACUAGUGUAUCAAAGUCCAAGGGUGAGGUAAUUUAAAAAAUCCAUUCAUCAAUAGAGAAAAUUAAUGAAACUAUUCAACAAAGCUAAAUUCAGAUUAAUCCAAAUGAAAAUAUUGAUGAAAAACUUUCGAAUUUGAAAGAUUAAGUUGAUGCUUAAAUAAAAAAUCUUGAUACUAAAAUGAGAUAGAAUAUGGAUUUCAUAAAAAGCACACUAGUCUAAUUGCUUCAAAAGCAAAAUCAAUGA